AUGCAGCAGAUAGGCGCGCAUAUUCCUCUUGCCACCAAUCAGUUCCCUCAACAUCCACGCCGGGUAUACACUGCUGGUGGUGGCAGAUCAAGUUACUGCCACCGUGUGAUGCCCUUUGGCCAAGCAUAUCUCCACCAGCACCAGGUCAAGGCUGUUCUUAGAGCAUCCAACCCCCUACAAGCUGUGACUAGUGUGAACACAAACCAGGAAUACAGCAUAAGGAAGGACAAAUGUUUUCAAGUUGAGAUGAAAGUUCAUGACACGGAACUUGACCGAUAUGGUGUUGUCCACAACGCUGUCUACAGUUAUUACAUUCAAAACGGUCAUGACAAGCUAUUUGAAAGCCUUGGAAUCAGUGUAGACGCGAUAACAUCCAAAGGCAAUGCGCUCGCUCUUUCAGAAGUACAACUAAAGUACAUUGCACCUUUAAGGAGUGGUGACAGGUUUGUCAUCAAGGUGAAGCUCGAGCAAAUCAAAGGUGUAAGAGUGAUCUUUGCGCAAACAAUUGAGACACUGCCCGAUCAUAAGCCCGUACUGGAAGCCAAAGGAACCGUUGUUUGCCUCGACAAAGACUAUCGUCCAACUCGCAUAUUCCCAGAUAUAUCAACAAAAAUUCUGCAGUUCUUCUCAUCCAAGGACGACUAAAGCAUCGAAAGGAAUUGCCACUAUUCUUAAUAAGACCUAAUGUAUGUGAUCUCCUGGAGUACAACGUUGCAAUUGAUCAACAAUAUUGAUCGCCAA